AUACCAUCCUCGGUGGUUGGACCCCGGAUGUAGCUUCAAUGCCCACCCGUUUUGGGGCAAGUACCGCCCUCCUCGUUUUUGAAUGCUAGCUGUGGUCGCGAGUGUAAAUAUCGGCGAUAUGAAGAACAAGAAGGGAGAAAAUCUGACAAAUCGCCUCAGCAAUGCGGAGCGGUUUCACUGCACAGCUCCAUCUGCGAAUGUGGACCAGUACCCCGAAUUGAUGGACUUUUUGCCAAAGGACUAUCAAUAUCACAUAUGCAGUUACAAAGUAGUGAACGUGGGCAGUGACCAUAUGGAUUUUGAAGCCACCCUAAGGAUGUCCCUCAAAUCAAAGGAGGAUAUACUGGUGUGGCUAAAGUCAAUGCCAGUUACAUGGAGAGUGGACUACACUAGGCCUACCAAAGGCUCAAAGAUCAUCUUCAAAACAGAAUACCGAUGCCAGCAUAACACCAAGCCCAGAGCAACACCAAAGGAAGGCAGGGCAUCCAAAAAUACAGAUUGCCCUGCAAAACUUAAAGUUACCCUUGCACGCACUGAGGUCUCCAAUGGACGACAGAGCAGAAGUACCGAUCCUCACAUUCCAGAUUACCCCACACUUGUGGACAUUGUGAAUGUUCACAACCACAACAUUCAUGUGGCGGAUGCUGUGCGUCACCUGGAUGUGAGCAGCAAGGCUGUAAAGCAACUCACCAAGUUUGAGGCUGGGCAGUCACCAUCCUCAACACUUGAUGCUCUUAACUAUGAUCUUCUUGUUCAACUUGGGAAUGAUUACCUUGACAAGCAUGAGGCUGAUGAAACACUGGAAGCUGUUAGAGUCAGCGCACAGGAGUGGGACUCCAUGAGCCGUGAGUUUGCAGCAAUGGUGCAGAGCAGUGAAAGAUUUCAGGUGGCAGGAUCAGCCUUCUUAAGGGCCUUCAACAGGCUGAAGGGAAAUCCCUCUAUGAUGCAGGCGGCGAUGCACAUGUUUGGCUGCUAUGGUGCAGGCAGCCUGGCUUCAAAGCGAGCAGGAGGGCUACGGCGGGACGCUAAGCAUACUGGGCCAAGCAUAGCCACACAGCCCAACUCUGUUGCCCGCCAAAAGGUGAAGCUUGUGGGUAGACGUCGACUCAUCACUCAGAAAAUGACUCAAAACUAUUUAGCAACCGUGGACCAUCGCUACAGCUAUCCAGGAGAAGUGAAGUCUGUCUCAAGCUGUAGAGGUGUGUCGCAGAAACCCAAAAUAAUGGAUGCUCCACCACCGCUCCCCUAACCUUUCUCCCCUCACCCUUCUCCAAAGAGGCUGGAUGCUAAACCACCACGCCCCUCAACCCAUUACUCUCCUGGAGUUCUUUUGUAUAUAGUUUAUUGUAUAUAGUUCUUUUAUAAACCUAUACAAAGGGGUGUACAUUUAACUGUGUAUACUGGUAGUUCCUUUAUGUGGAAUGGCUCCUAUAUAAAAUGGUUUACAAGGUACAAGGUUGUUUAUCAGUCAUUAUAUAGCACAAGGCUGCAUAAUGAAUGACGAUGCUACAUGUUUAUAGCACUAUAUGACUUAUUUAACCAUACCGGCCAAAGAUGUUUCAUAGUCUAAAAAAAUCUGUCAUCAGUCACUUGUUUACUUAAAUUAUCUAUGGUUUCUUCACUGCAUUUUCCAAGGUUUUUCAGUAGUGUGUCUGGCCUUGUUUUUACCAACAUAAAACAUAUCUGUUAUUUGUCAUACUUUAGCUUUUUGUUGGUAUCUGUGCUUUCCUGGUUAGCUGAAAGAGAACUGCUCAAAAGAACUGCACAUUUUACUACAUUUUAUAUGAAUAAUAUUUUCUGUUUUUGUACAAAUAAAAUUGUGCAUUUUGUUAUU